CCUUCCUCCUCUGACUGUGACGUGUCGUUUUGCCGGAAAAGAUGCAAAUUUCCCCAUUUUUUCCGAUGAUGUAGCAGCAGCGGGAUAGAAGAAGAAGAAAAGAAAAAAAAAAAAAGAAAAAAAAAAAAAAAUUCGCAAAAUAGAAGGCUGAUUUGUGGGGCGAGUGAGACUGAGAAGGGAUUAAUUGCUUACGCUUGUGACCGUUCCUUUUUGGGGACUUCACCGUUUUUUCUCUUUCUCUCUCUUAUUCUCUAUCUAUCAUCACUCUUACUACAACCUUCAAUUUUUUUUUUCGCUCUCAUUUGCCCCCAAUUUUACUAGGGUUUUAAUUCCACUUCUAAUUCACUAAUCAUUAAUUGUUAAUCGUUAAUCCUUAAUCAAUCUCCCACGACAACAUUCAUUCCUCAUUCAUUACUUUCCUUGCGAUCACGACUCGGGCUUUUUUUUAAUUUUUUUUCCAGCCAUGGCGUUUGAUCAGAAUUCGGUUCCAUUGGAUCUUCGUCCGUUGAAUGUGGCCGCCGCGAUAGCGGAGGAGCCGAUGAUUUCGCCGGCCGCACUCACGCCGCCGACUCCUAAUUCUGUCGGCGAGCUUUUCUACCAGCCGGCGGCCUCCGCCGGCACAACGUGGUGCGUCCGCCCCAUUGCGCAUGCCAACGUGAGCCCUGCCGCGGCGUAUGGGUUUAACUACGGCGCUUCCAGCUUUGGCAGUCGCGUCGUGGCCGGGAAUGCUUUGAGUUUGGGGAAGCUUGUGGGGUGUAAUGGAUUGGACAAGGCCUGCAAUGAUGCGAGUGGUUUUAGUUAUGGUGUUGGCGGGGUCCGGGGCGGCAGAGUGGUCGGUAGUGGAAGCGAUCACGGUGGCGGAGAUGAGGGUGGUGGCGGCGGUGACGAUUCGGUGUCCGGGAAGAAGGUGAAGUUUCUCUGCAGUUUUGGUGGGAAGAUUUUGCCUAGGCCUAGUGAUGGAAUGUUGAGAUAUGUUGGGGGCCAAACAAGGAUCAUCAGUGUUAGGAAGGAUGUGAGUUUCAAUGAUUUGGUGCAGAAGAUGGUUGACACUUAUGGGCAGGCUGUGGUUAUUAAGUAUCAGCUUCCUGAAGAGGAUCUUGAUGCCUUGGUGUCUGUGUCAUGUCACGAUGAUAUUGAGAAUAUGAUGGAAGAGUAUGAUAAGUUGGUUGAGAGAUCUUCUGACGGUUCUGCAAAACUAAGAGUUUUUCUGUUUUCUGUUUCGGAGACGGAAGUUUCUAGUGGGAUGCAGUUGGGGGACUUGCAGGAUACCGGGCAGAAAUAUUUUGAUGCUGUGAAUGGGAUUGGUACGACAGAUGCGAUUGGGUUGGGUGGUGGGAUCAAUAGGAAGGAGAGUGUUACAAGUGCUGCUUCAACCCAGAAUUCGGAUUUGAGCGGGGCUGAGACUUUUGAUAGUUCAAUUACUGGUCAAGGGGAUGUCACUGGGGUGCCCUUGUCAUCACCUAAAGAUUAUGUGACAGCAGCUUCCUCCGACUCAAGUGCUAAUAUAGUGAGUUCAGAGGCCAGUGCACCGGCUUCGAUACCAAUGCCUGUGGCUAAGGCUAGUUCAACCCCAUCCCACAACCCUUAUUUUCAGAAUGAGGUUGAGUUAGAAAGGUCUGUCCCUGUUGCUUUGCCCCAGCAGCCUUUUGGAUUGCAGCAAGCUGGAAUAGAAGUUCCAUCCCCUGCACCUUAUUAUCAGACUUGUGUUGAUCCUAGCCAGGAGGUUAUGAACCAUGCGGACUAUGUGCAAGUUACUUCACAGAUGAGGUUCACAAACCCUCAGCUUGUAGGAAAGACCGGGACUGUCUUGAGGCAACAACAGUUUCAUGAUAAUACUCCCGGCUUAGCAUUGCAUCAUCAGGUAAUCCCCGGGGUACAAAUGACUGUGGCCCCACAAUCUUCUCACGCUGGUGUGAGACCGAAUGUUAUUCAACCACAACCGUUGGUGCAAUCACAGCAACAUCUUUUGGAUCAAUACCAUGAUGAAAAUACAUCAGGGGUAAGGAUUAUCCAGCUUCCUGCUGAACCUAGCUACAAUGCUUACCAGGUUCCACCGAGUCAAGUAUCACCUGUCAUAGUUGGAGGUAAUUAUAGCUGGGUUCAGGUUCCUUCACAAGAGCGCGUUGUCAUCUCGGAUGGAGUAUCACCCCAACAACAGGUAACGAGUCAUGAGAAAUUCCGAAGAAUCGAGGACUGUUCUAUGUGUCAGACAAAACUACCGCAUGCACAUUCUGAUCCAGUAGUUCCGGAUGAGCGUGGUAGUGGUGCAGGUUCUGUUCCUGAUUCAACCCCAAGUCACUAUAGCUUCCCAAUGGAGGACAACAUAAAAGCUCAAGCAUCAAAUAUGAUUAUGCCAGUGGCGAUGGCGCCGUUGAGGGAAGGCAUUGCUGAACAAGGGGCUGGGAUCAGACCCAGGGUCGUUGGCAAACUGGAACCUCCUGAUGGAGUGCAUCACACUGAGACCACUGGGCUUUCUCAUAAUACUGAGCCACAGCCGGAAGAAUUUAUUCAUGCCGGGAAUUCAUUUUUCCAGGAAAAAAUUGAAUUGAAAGGUAGAAAACAAUCUCCAAAUGAUGAGCACAUGGGAACAGCAGCACUGUCUUAUUUAGAUGAUGUUGGCCACCAACACAUGGUACCAGUUGAAAACUGGGUUAAACAGGAUGUGCUUAUUAACAAACCUAUGAAUAAUGAUAUGUCUAUGGUCGAUGGAACAUCUAUGCGAACUUCAGAGUGCAUGGUUCAAGGAUCUCCAAAUGAAUAUACUAACGAACGUACUGGGGUUGUUUCUAAAUCAGAUGAGAUACAUAAUUGGAUUAGACAAGACCAUCUAAAACCAAUUGAUGGAAGGAUGGACACCUUCAAGAUACAGAAUUCUGAUGCUUUUGUAAGUAAUGACUACUCUUUUCUGCCAGCUGAUAAACCCAGUGGGAAUGAUAAUUUAGGUUACAGCACUCAUAAAUCUGUAGAGGGAGAGGUGAUUCUGGAUAACUUUGGCAGGUCAAAGUUGAUAGUUGAUGCAAAUCAAAAUAAUAUUGCAGCUGUGCUGCCUUGUUCUUCUUCAUCAUACAGGCAAAAUUCCAGGUCAGGGGAACACAAUGAGGCUACACAACCCCCUAUUUGGGGCAUUCCCGGCUCAAAUCCUCAACCGAAUAUUGGAAACCCCCAUACCGAAGACGCUGCACUAUCUUCAUCAUCUCCAUCCGUCAGGUUUGGAGAUGUGCAGGAUACUCCGAACUCACUGUUCAGUAAUCAGGAUCCAUGGAAUAUACAGCAUGGUACCUUCUUUCCACCUGGUAGACAAAGCAAAGCUGCAUUGAAGAAAGAAACCUUUUCUUGCCAGGAUCCCUUUGCUGAGGAUACUGGUAGCUUUGGGGAACAAAGUUUAGAAGCACAAUUGGAUGAUAGCCUCUAUCAGUCGUUCAAACAAAAUUUAACUUUAGAACAUAGUCGGUCAGCCAAAGGUUCAGCAGAAGACCAACAACUCCAAGCUGUUGCGGAGAAUGUAGCUGCCUCUGUUUUGCACUCAAGAAAUCCUUCAAAUUCUGACUUGCAUUCCACAGAUGUUUCCUGCUGUGAUAACAUUGAGGAUGACAGUGUUCAAAAUAAUUUUAUGGAUGUAAAGUGUGGACAUACAACUCAGGAGGUCUGGAGCAGGCAACUAGAAAAAACAAAUUGUGGCAUUCUAGCAUCAGGUUUUGGAAAAUUACAGGUGAUAAAGAACUGUGAUCUUGAAGAACAGACAGAACUUGGUUCUGGUACGUUUGGGACCGUAUAUCAUGGAAAAUGGAGGGGCACUGAUGUUGCAAUCAAGCGCAUUACUGAUAGAUGUUUUGCUGGAAAGCCUUCGGAGCAAGAGCGCAUGAGAAAUGACUUCUGGAAUGAGGCAAUCAAGCUAGCUGACUUGCACCAUCCAAAUGUGGUAGCUUUCUAUGGUGUUGUGCUUGAUGGCCCCGGGGGUUCUGUGGCAACAGUUACUGAAUAUAUGGUUAAUGGUUCCUUAAAAAAUGCCUUGCAGAAGAGUGACAGGAAUCUUGAAAAGCGCAAGCGACUUUUGAUUGCAAUGGACGUGGCCUUUGGCAUGGAGUACUUACAUGGAAAAAACAUAGUACACUUUGACUUGAAAAGUGACAACUUGCUUGUUAAUCUCCGAGAUCCACACCGACCAAUAUGCAAGGUUGGAGACUUGGGUCUGUCCAAAGUAAAAUGUCAGACACUGAUCUCUGGUGGGGUGAGAGGAACUCUGCCGUGGAUGGCUCCAGAACUGCUUAACGGAAGCAGCAGCCUUGUUUCAGAGAAGGUUGACGUAUUUUCAUUUGGCAUUGUGAUGUGGGAACUCUUGACCGGAUUGGAGCCCUACGCUGACUUGCACUAUGGUGCUAUUAUUGGUGGUAUAGUGAGCAACACUUUACGCCCUCCUAUUCCAGAACAUUGUGAUCCAGAAUGGACAUUGUUGAUGGAGAGGUGCUGGUCAUCAGAGCCAUCCGAGAGACCAAACUUCACUGAGAUUGCCAGUGAAUUGCGAUCUAUAGCGGCCAAAAUCUCUCCCAAAGCACAGAACUCUCCCAAAGGACAAAUCCAACAGCUGCAACACUCUCCAGUGCAAACUCAACUCAACAAAUGAUUUUUCCUUAAUUUGUGUUUUAAUCCAUAUUAUAGGGGAUCAAAUGAUUCCUUAAUUGGUUCAGACAGAUAGUUACCUCCGAGGGUUUCAAUAAGUGUAGUUUUUUACUUUUACUACAUAUUUUCAAUCACUUCCAACCCUCAACACGAAACGUGUCAUUUGAGUGUGAAAAAAGAAAGGAAAGAGAACAAUUUGUCAAUAUUUUGAAAUUGCUUGUUAACAUUGUAAAAAGUUGUACCUUUAUUUUUUAAAUCGCGUGCUUUCAUUGUAAAUAUCGCGUGGAAGGUUUAUGUUUUGGUCAAAGGUGUGUUUACUCUUGCCAUGAUUGAGCAUAUAUAUAGGUCCUUGUUGGUAAGUCAAAUUUAAAAUAUUAAUUACAAUAACUUCACUUCGAGGCUACCAAUAAAUAUAUCAUCAAUUA